UCCCAAAGUGUAACUCUCAAGCCUUAUUAAAGCGCGUCAAUUUCCACCCGAAUUGGACCAAUUUACCGGAUUUGUCCAAGGUGGACGGGCCACCUUUACUUAACCCGGAAAAGGAACAUAUAUUAUUUAUAUGUGUUCGAAAAAUAAGGAACGUCUUUAUGUGCCUUUGCCAGCCCAGCUGAGUCGACGAGGAGUGAGCAGAACAGAAUUUCCACCAGGUAUUUGCAUGACAGCAGAAAGCCCGGGGGUGACAGGACCGUGCUGCCGGAGCCCUUUCUCCCUCAGAGGAUAGCUUGGGGUGACAGGAUCACUGAGAGACUCCGCAUUAGGAGGAGAAAAAGGAUCAGCCGACACAAGUGGAUGAUGAAUUUUGAGCACAUGCCAAGAUGUGUCUUUAAAUAUAUUUGAGAGCGAAUGUGUGGAAAGCAAGGGGAGCAUUGGCUUGGUUCAGGUGCCCGCCCAGGUGCUCAGUGCAAAAGCCAGAUGCUGUGGCACGGGGGUUUCUCCCGUGUGGAGUAGUGGAUGGAAUUCCCAGCUGCUGCCUUCCUUCCAGCCCAGCCUGUGUGCCUGAACCAGUGAGGCAAAGUGCUGCUGUGUUCUCCAGCUUUGUGCUGGUUCUGAGAUCAGUGGAGUCUUCUCAGGGAAGAUGUCUGUGACAAUGAAAACCCGUUGUGUGGACAAAAGAGGAAGUUUCUUUAAGCUCAUUGACACAAUUGCCUCAGAAAUUGGAGAACUGAAACAGGAGAUGGUACAGACAGAUCUCACAGUGGAAGAUGAAGCUCCUGAUUGGCAGAGUCUAAUAAAGAAUAUGGGUAAUGUCUCUCCUGAGAAAAAUGAUGUGAAAAGCUGCCCCCGGGACUCUGGGUAUGACAGCCUAUCCAACAAGCUGAGCAUAUUGGACAAGCUCCUCCAUACUCACCCUGUGUGGCUGCAACUUGGUCUGAAUGAUGCUGAAGCCAUGGAAAUUUUGCAGACACAGCCUCCUGGGAUAUUUCUGGUUAGGAAAUCUGCAAGGCUGCAGAAGAAAGUAAUCUCUCUGCGUCUGUCCAGUGACUGUGGGUCCUGCCUGAAAGAAUUUGCCAUAAAAGAAAGUACAUACACGUUUUCCUUGGAGGGGUCUGGAAUAAGUUUUGCUGAUUUGUUCAGACUCAUAGCUUUCUACUGUAUUAGCAGGGAUGUCCUUCCAUUCACACUGAAGUUGCCUCAUGCAAUUGCUGCAGCAAAGACAGAAGCUGAACUUGAAGAGAUUGCUCAGCUUGGACUGAAUGUCGUGCUGGAGAAGGCCAUGCAUAAGUGCAUUCUGAAGCCGUUGAAGGGUCACAUUGAAGCCAUGUUGAAAGAGUUUCACACCACGGAUGGUUCCUGGAAGCAGCUGAAGGAAAACCUGCAGCUGGUGCGGCAGAGGAAUCCUCAGGAGCUGGGCGUGUUUGUUCCCACACCAGACUUUGUGGACGUGGAAAAGAUUAAAGUCAAGUUCAUGACUAUGCAGAAGAUGUAUUCACCUGAGAAGAAAGUCAUGCUGCUGCUGAGAGUUUGCAAAUUGAUUUACACUGUUAUGGAGAACAACUCAGGGAGGCUGUAUGGAGCUGAUGACUUCUUGCCUGUGUUGACAUACGUGCUGGCCCAGUGUGAUAUGCUGGAGCUGGACACUGAAAUCGAAUACAUGAUGGAGUUGCUGGAUCCAUCCUUGCUGCAUGGAGAAGGAGGCUACUACUUGACAAGUGCUUAUGGAGCACUGUCACUGAUCAAGAACUUCCAGGAAGAACAAGCUGCCCAGCUGCUCAGCUCCGAGGCCAGAGAUACUCUCCGGCAGUGGCACAAGAGGAGGACAACGAACAGGACAAUACCUUCAGUCGAUGAUUUUCAGAACUACCUUCGCGUUGCAUUCCAGGAAGUUACCAGUGGCUGUACGGGAAAGACUUUGCUAGUAAGGCCUUAUAUCACUACCGAAGACGUAUGUCAGCUUUGUGCUGAGAAGUUUAAGGUGGCCAAUCCAGAAGAAUACAGGCUGUUUCUUUUUGUUGAUGACACCUGGCAACAACUGACAGAGGAUACAUACCCUCAGAAGAUCAAGGCGGAGCUGCACAGCCGUCCGCAGCCCCAGGUCUUUCACUUUGUCUACAAGCGCCUGAACAGUGACCCAUAUGGGGCCAUCCUCCAGAACAGCAACGACUCGGCCGCUUAAAAAACCAGCAACCUGUCACCGUUAUGUCUGUUCCUUGGCCACUGUUACAAACACCCUUGUUGGCUGCCUUCCUUAGGAGCUAAAACAGGUCUUAAACCUUAAGUGCCUGGUAAAACACGUGCUGUGCUGACGUUUCUGACAUCGCUUACAGGACCCAGGCACGCUGCGCACGUGGCCAGUGAUGCAGAAUAUUCCACCAGCGUGUCUGAGGAGACAGCCCAGGAGGCUGCACACCUUGUACCACGGGCUCUUUUGCAGCAUAUUCCACUGUGGCCCUCCACAUGUCUUGGCUGUAGUGUGCAAAACACGAUUUUCUUCCACUCGUCGUUUCCGCAGCUGUCAUUUGGAUUUGAGUCCAAGUGCGAGACGAGCGUGUCUGAACUGAGCUCAGUUCCACCUGCAGGAGUUUGACAAGACCGUCCGAUGCAGGGCGUCAGUUCACUCAGCAUUACCUGGAUGGUUGCAUCCUUGUCUAAUGGUUUUGAUUACAGAAAA